AUGGCUUGUUUCAUGGCAUACGUUGCUUGGCUUGUACUUGCUUUUAUGUCAUCUGAAGGAUUGGCUGGGACCAAUUUACAACAUAUUAAAGAAUUACUUGAAACUAUUCGGCACGCUGCAAAUGCUUGGGAGACCCUUAAAAAUCUUCCACCAACUCUUGCUGAGAAUUUUUUAUCUGUAACUUCGAAAGACGGUGCAAAAAAGGAACAGAGAAGUUCAUAUGAUUUCGUCGUGGAUUUAACUCGUCCUACAGAUAUAUAUGAUGCUUUAAAAGCAUAUCCAUUAUUGUUUCCUUUAGGGAAACAAUCUUAUGAUAAUAAAACAAAAGACUCUUUUAACCGAUUCGUUAUCAAUGUGGUUGGUCGAUACAACGUUGGUAAAACGUAUGUUUUACGUCUUUUAGCUAAUAUUAAUCUUGGAGAUGCAUUCAUUGAAAGAACAAAUGGCAUCAGUGUAUCGUUACCACUCCUACAGGAAACAAACAACGUACCUAUGGCACUGAUUGAUACAGCUGGCAGUCGCACACCAGUUGAAUAUAGUUCGAAAACAUUUCACAGGCUAUCCUAUGAAAAACAACUUUCCGAUUCAUUUGUACAAGAAAUAGCAUUUAAUUCAGCUGAAAUAUUCAUACUCGUACUUAAUCAAUUAACACUGGACGACGAAUUAUAUUUGAAAACAUUACAUAAGCGCUUACAAGAAAAAGGUUAUAGAGAUGAUGAAAUAAAACAAAGAUUAUUGAUAGUGCAUAAUUAUUUUAAUUUGAAAACAAUUAAAGAAGUUGAAAAAGUCGAAACUACUGAGCUGAAAAACAUAUUUAAGGCUGUAAAACAACCACAAGGAUAUUGGCUUAGUGAAUAUUUUAAGCAUUUUGUUCUUGCCGACAGUAAUAGUAAAGCUGGUAAACAUUACAAUCAGCGAUCUAUUGCAGAAGUCAUAACAAUGAUCCACGGUUCACCAGCUGCAAAAGAGAACGAUUUACUCACGCGAAUAAUAAAAGAAAUUGAAAAACUAUUAAGUAAAUUUUUAAUAGAACAAUCGUCAUCAAUAUCUAAGCAGCAAGAACCAAUUGAAGGAACGGCCGUUGGAUAUGUUGCAGCUAAAAUAGAAUUGGACCAUAAUAAACAACAUCGAAUUCAAUUAACAGAUAAAAGACAAAUUAAUGUCGAUUUAGAAAUUAAAGAAUUAAUUUGGGAUAAAUUACAGCCAUGGUAUUUUAUUUGUUCACGGGAACCCUUAGGAAAUAAUGUCAUCUUAUCAAAGAAUUUAAAAUUUAACGAAGAUGGUUCUAUUUAUAUUGACUAUUCAUCUCAGUUCAUACCGGAUAUUCAGGUCGCUAUUAUGAAUCAAGAUGGAGAUGUUGGUAUCACAAUAGAAUGUCCUUCGUGCUCACCAAACUUCACAGUGCGUCCUCUAAAGGCUACAAUUAUUGUGCAAGGUGAAAAAAUACCAGAUGCUACAUUGAAAGACUAUGUUAAUACAAGACGUACUGGAAAAUUCGAAAUUCAAAUCCCUAUUGGCAAGUUAGACGAAGACAAAGUAUACGAGUUGCGAUCGUUGAAAAAAGAAUUUUCCAAUGGUGUCAUUAAAAUAACUGUACCCGCGCUUCGAGAUGAAUUUUAA